AUGUCGCUCGCCUGCGGGCUGGCCUUGGGCUUUGCCGCGGUCAUCAACGCAGCUCCGCCGCUUCCUACGGUUGAAAUGCAGCGCUUCAACUUCACCAUGCCUCCUAACAACACCUCCGACGACGACAUCUCGGCUCUAGGCUAUGAUCCAUCUACUGAAUGGCAGGGCUGGGCUACUGUGGAGGUCUGGACUGGAGGUAGUCACCGUCAACCUGUCAACGUCGGCAAUGUUGUAGGCCAUGAGCUCCACAACGUCGUCACUGACACCAUGGGCCGCGUCUGUGGUUCCCCAUACGGUAAAUACUGCGGCAGCAUCCAGUGGCAGGCCUUCAAAACGCCCUACCUUCAGACGCCGCCUGCGGGUAUCGCCGGCGCUGUCACAUGGUUCCGUACGACAGAAGCCAAGUGGGCAAACGACAAGAUCCGCGAAAUCAUGCUCAACAUCGUUGGCCGAGUUCUCUACGCCUACACCUCCACGCCUCUCGGUACCAACUGCUACGAGGUCCCCGGCCAAGGCCGAUACUGCAACGUCCCGCAGUUCGUACGCGUCCACCUACCCAAUACCAGCCCCUACGCCGCCAAGCGCGCCAACAACUGGUUCCUCGAGCUCUCGGGCAGCCCCUACAAGUUCUCUAAGCACGGUAACCUGAAGCCAUGCGCGACGCGCCCAUACGUUGAUGCUGAGCUCGAUCACUAUCGCUUGGAUCUCGAGAGGGAGUUUACGGAGUGGGCGGGUAGGUUCAAGCGCGAGACGCGCGUCAUCAUCAAUGGGUACAAGUCUUGCACCGAUGAGCCAUAG